GGGCCCAGAGUCGGGCGGUCGGCGGGGCCGGACAUGGCGGCGCGGGCCGGGCCGCAGGAAGAUGAAUAAGGGUUGGCUGGAGCUGGAGAGCGACCCCGGUCUCUUCACACUCCUGGUCGAAGAUUUUGGGGUCAAAGGGGUGCAGGUUGAAGAGAUUUAUGAUCUGCAGAGCAAAUGCCAGGGCCCCGUGUAUGGGUUCAUCUUCCUGUUCAAGUGGAUUGAGGAGCGCAGAUCCCGCAGGAAGGUCUCUACCCUGGUGGAUGAGACGUCGGUGAUCGACGAUGACAUCGUUAAUAACAUGUUCUUUGCUCACCAGCUGAUCCCCAAUUCCUGUGCCACCCACGCCCUGCUGAGCGUCCUCCUGAACUGCAACAAUGUUGACCUGGGCCCCACACUGAGUCGCAUGAAGGAUUUCACCAGAGGAUUCAGCCCUGAGAGUAAAGGCUAUGCCAUCGGCAAUGCCCCCGAGCUGGCCAAGGCCCACAACAGCCAUGCCAGGCCGGAGCCACGGCACUUGCCAGAGAAACAGAAUGGGAUCAGUGCUGUGCGAACCAUGGAGGCUUUCCAUUUUGUCAGCUAUGUCCCUAUCAAGGGACGGCUGUUUGAGCUGGAUGGGCUGAAGGUUUAUCCCAUUGACCAUGGGCCCUGGGCUGACGACGAGGAAUGGACAGACAAAGCCAGGAGAGUGAUCAUGGAGCGCAUCGGCCUGGCCACUGCAGGGGAGCCAUACCACGACAUCCGUUUCAACCUGAUGGCAGUGGUUCCUGAUCGGAGGAUGAAAUAUGAGUCUAAGCUCCAUAUCCUGAAGAUGAAUCGCCAGACUGUGCUGGAGGCCCUGCAGCAGCUUAUCCGAGUCACUCAGCCUGAGCUGAUCCAGUCCCAGAAGUCUCAGGAAUCUCAAUCUCCUGAAGAGGCAAAGCCAGCCAACAGCAAGACUGUGGCCCCAGAGAGUACCCAUCCAGACAGCACUGAUGAGCCUGCCAGCCAGGGCCACACCACAGCCACGCAGAGCCCACCCACCAAAUCAAAACCAAUGGCAAAGGCAUCAGCGAGCAGCAUCAAUGGGGUGCCUCCAGCAAACCCCAACCCCAUCGUGCAGAGGCUGCCAGCCUUCCUGGAUAACCACAACUAUGCCAAGUCCCCCAUGCAGGAGGAGGAAGACCUUGCGGCAGGAGUGGGUCGCAGCCGGGUCCCGGUCCGACAGCACCAGCAGUACUCAGAUGAUGAGGAUGACUAUGAUGAUGAUGAGGAGGAGGAAGUUCGUAACACCAACUCAGCCAUCAGGUACAAAAGGAAGGGGCAGGUAAAGCAAGAGCACACAGCGGGGGCCGCGGAUGGCCAGCUCUCCGUCCUCCAGCCCAACACCAUCAACGUCCUGGCUGAGAAGCUGAAGGAGUCCCAGAAGGAUCUCUCCAUUCCCCUGUCCAUCAAGACGAGUGGUGGUGGAGCUGCUGUGGCCAUUGUCACUCACUCCCAGCCCUCUCCCACCCCCAGCAAUGAGAGCACGGACACCGCCUCCGAGAUCGGCAGCGCCUUCAACUCCCCGCUGCGCUCUCCCAUCCGCUCGGCCAACCCCACGCGUCCCUCCAGCCCCGUCACAUCCCACAUCUCCAAGGUGCUGUUUGGUGAGGAGGACGGCCUCCUGCGCAUUGACUGCCUGCGCUACAACCGGGCCGUCAGGGACCUGGGGCCCAUCAUCAGCUCUGGGCUGCUGCAUCUCACAGAGGACGGCGUGUUCUGCCCGCUGGCUGCUGCAGACGGGGGGAAAAGCUCCCCCCCUUCCAUCAAACCCGGUGAAGAAGCCCAGGUCACCAUCAAACUGGACGAGAAGGAGGGCAGUGAGGCCAGUGGCAGCAAAGAGAAGGUGGGACUUGGCAGGACCAGUGAUCACCCUGGGGGGGAAAAGUAUUCUCCCAAGGAGCUGCUGGCACUGCUGAAGUGUGUGGAAGCCGAGAUUGCAAACUACGAGGCUUGCUUGAAGGAGGAAGUUGAGAAGAGGAAGAAAUUCAAGAUCGACGACCAGAGGAGAACCCACAACUAUGAUGAGUUCAUCUGUACCUUCAUCUCCAUGCUGGCCCAGGAAGGCAUGCUGGCGAGCCUCGUGGAGCAGAACAUCUCCGUCCGCAGGCGGCAGGGGGUCAGCAUCGGCCGUCUGCACAAGCAGAGGAAGCCGGACCGCCGGAAACGCUCCCGUCCAUACAAAGCCAAGCGGCAGUAGCCUUGGGGUUGAGACUGAGACCAGCUCACCCUCGUGGCUCUGGGCAGUGGCACAUGGAUAUAUGUUACCCUUUGCCUGAGGGAGAGGGACCCCAGCGAGAAGCCUUCAGCUGAGGUGGAGCCUGGGGACAAGCAGAAAUGGGGUUUUCCUCCGAGCCCAAAAGGCAGCAAGGCCUUGUCUUGAGGAGAGCCCUGCGGCCAAAGGCAAGGCUCAGAGCCCUGCUGCCUGUCUGGCCGUGGCCACGCUCAGGUGCCUUGGGCCUGUCUUGGGGCCGUGGCUGGUGAUGGGAGGAGGGAAGAGCCCACCUGGCCGGGGGGCUGGGCACCACAGAGGCACUGGGGCUGCUGAUGCGAGGCUGUGCUGGCCGCAGCUGCCUGGGGUUGGUGCUCUGCUGUGUCCAGGCCUUCAGCUCUGCGCUUCCCCAGGACCCUCACACCUGUGUUUUCUGUUCUUUACUUUCCUUGACAAAAUUGAUUUUCUGGUUCUGACCUGCUUUUUGGCUGUGGCUGAGCGAAACAGCUCCUGGACAGAACCGCUCUCCAGCACUGUGGCCCUGUGUGACCCCAUCUGUGUGCCGAUCCCCUGGGGUGGCAGUGCCACCUGUCCCCAGGGCUAGAGUCCCCCCUGGACUUUGUCCCUUGCUUUCUGUGGUGGUGCUGGGAGGGCAAGUGGCCCUGCUUCUACAGCUGCUCUGCUAAGGACCAGCAGUGUGGCCCUGGCAGUGUUUCUGGAUCACACACAAUUGCUCCUUGUUCCCAGAGAACUAUGAAUAAAGAACGCAAGGUUGGUGGCUUGGCCUUGGUGCUGGGGGGCUGGAAGCUGGACCUGGAAGUGCCUGGUGCCCUGAGCGAAGCCUUUCAGUGUGGGAAGAGGUGACGGGAACUUCAGUGGCAGGCAGAAAUGGGAUGGAGCCCAAAGCUGCUUUUCUUGCCCAAGCAGGCUGCAGUGCAGGAGCUUGCCGGCCACGCAGACCCCAUCCCUGCCCCCCAGCCCCCUCUGUUCUUGCAGAAGGUUUCUGCCCUGUCCCCAGCAGCCAGAGGUUAGCGCCUGUGCUGAUGGGGGAAGAAGUAGCUGUGAGGGGGGAAGAGGAACAGCUGCAGGGGGGACUGACUUUGCCAAACGUGCAAAUUUGUACAGAUCUUGACCGUGGAAUUAUUAUUAUUUUUUUUUUUUUUUGUACUUGUUGAAGGAAAGAAAAUCCUUCUGUUUCUUCUUGCUGUGUCUCAUACCAAGUGCUGUAUGUAAUGGAUCUGUCUGAAGGAAUAAAGCUCUCCUGUAACAGUCA